CCUGGCAGCUACAAAAGGGCAUGCAGAGUGCCUCAGAAUCAUGGUGACACAUGGUGCAGAUGUGAAAGCCCAAGAUGGUGCAGGUCACAGUGCUUUACAUCUUGCAGCAAAGAACAGUCACCCUGAUUGCAUUAAGAGGUUACUUAAGAGUAAAUGUCCAGCAGACAGUACUGACAAUUCUGGGAAAACAGCUUUACAUUAUGCAGCUGCAUGUGGUUGUCUUCAGGCAGUUCAACUUCUGUGUGAACACAAAUGUCCAAUUAACGUCAAAGAUUUGAGGAAGUCCCUUUUGCAGCUUGCCAUAGCAGAGGAUGAGAACAUACCUCUGCUGCUUGCAGUACAAAAUGGUCAUACGGAAGUCUGCAAAUACCUUCUGGAUCAUGGAGCAGACAUCAACACCAGGGAUAAAAAUGGAAGAACUGCUUUGAUGAUGGCUUGUGAAGCUGGUAGCCUUAACAUGGUGGAAGCCUUCCUUAGGAAAGGUGCAGAUGUCAGUUUAGUAGAUGUCUUUGAACAGAAUGCCCUCCAUUACUCCAAGCUCUCCGAGAAUACAGGGAUCCAGAAUCUCCUAUCAUCAAAGUUAUCUCAGGAUAUGGAUACAAAGUCACCAACAAAAGCAAAGCAGCAUGAUCAAAGCUCUAAAUUAAGUUCAGAAAGAAGUGUAACUCCAAAAAAACGCAAAGCCCCACCUCCUCCUAUCGGUCCUAUUAAGCUUAGUGAUUUGUCUUCUCCAUACUCAUUGACUUCAACUCCCAUGAAUGGAAAAGGGCAGGCUUUCUUUGCUGACCAAGUGUGCAAGCAGGAAGAAUUCAGCUCCUUGCAUCGAAAUAAUAAAGACAGACUGAGUGACAGCACACCAGGUGCUGAUAGUUUACUGGAUGUGAGUUCUGAAGCUGACCAGCAAGAUCUACUUCUGUUGAUGAAAGCAAAAAUCACUUCUUUGACAUUGCACAAUAAGGAACUACAGGACAAAUUACAGGAAAGAACACCUAAAGAAGUGGAUACAACCAUAGAAUCUUAUCAUUCGACCCAAACAGAGUUUGAUCAAACAGCAGAUAGACAAAUUGAGUUCUCAGCUCAGGAGCUGAAGUCUACAUUAAAUGCCAUCCAAAUUCAAGAAAAGUUGGCAAGCCCCAGUGAAGUAAAAAUGAAGUACCUCCAGGAAGACUUAAAGGAUGUGCAGAGGAAAUUAGAGAAUUCUGAAGCCAAAAGAAAGCACAUAGAAGCUCAGGUCCAGUCUAGAGUCCCAGAAACAGAUCAUUUAAAUAGCACAGACAUUUCAGAAAAUGGUUCUAGUCUUAACCUGAAGUUCCAAGAAACUCAAAACAGGCAUGAGGAAGCUGUGAGAGAGGUUUUGAAUGUACAAAGGCAAAUGAAGCUGGGUCUUGUUUCCUCUGAAAGUGAAGGAAACAGUUCUGAGCUGAGUAGGUUGACGGUUACAUGUGAAGAAGUUGAAAUGCUUAAGCAAGAAUUGAAGAGAGCAUUGGAGGAAAGUGAAAGACAAAAAGAUAAAGUGAGAGUGCUACAGAAAAAGUUUGAAGAAAGAGAGCAGAAUGUGGCAAGCAAAUUGUCUGUGGAGUGUGAGGAAAUAAAGAAUUCAUAUUGUUCAGUUAUUGAUAACAUUAAUCAAGAGAAAGCAUUGUUGAUUAAGAGGUACAAAGAAGGGCAAGAGGAAAUUAAAAGGCUACAGGACAAGCUGACAAAUCAGACACAGUUGGAAUCUAAUGCUGAAGCUGGAGAAAUUAAAGAUACGAUGCACAGAAUGAUAGAUGAGCUCAACAGACAACUUAAUGAAUUGUCUCAGUUGUACAAAGAAGCACAAACAGAACUUGAAGACUAUAGGAAGAGAAAAACUCUAGAUGAUAUAGCUUUGGACUACAUUCCUAGAGAUGAACAUGAAAAACUGAUGCAGGUAACAAAUUCUUUGAAAUACAAAGCAGAGAAUGAGUUAUCAGAAAUGAAAUCCCAGUACACAAAAGUAUUAGAUGAAGCAGAAGAACUAAAGCAACUGUUAGACACUCAGAAACAAAACUCUUUGCCAAUUACUGAACACCAUCAGGUGAUGAAUGCACUCAGAAAUACUGUAAAGGAAAUGGAGGAAGAAAUAAAUGAACUCAAAGGACUGCUUACCAACAAGGAAAGCGAAGUAAGAAACCUACAGAAGGAAUUACUGGAAGAAAAAGCUGCAAUUAAUGAAGCAAUGGUACCCAAGGCUACAUAUGAAAAGCUCCAGUUAUCAUUAGAGGGUGAAGUUAGUGGUUUGUCAUCCAAACUGAAGGAUGUAAUCAAAGAGAAGGAAAACGUGUCCUUAGAUGCUAUGCAACUGAGAAAUGAAGUUUUGCACUUGAAAGAAGAGAAAGAAGGUAUGCAUACUCUGCUUGAAGCAAAGGAAUGGGAGGUGACUGGUCUUCACCACCAAAAGUACCAUCAAGCUCAAGAUGAUCUUGAAAUGAAAAGAUAUUCUGAAAGCUCAUCAAAACUAGAAGAGGAUAAAGAUAAAAAGAUCAAUGAAAUGUCCAAGGAAGUUAGCAAAUUAAAAGAAGCAUUGAACAGCCUUUCUCAGCUUUCCUACUUAACCAGUGCCCCCAAAAGACAAAGCCAGCAGCUGGAGGCAUUACAACAACAAGUGAAGCAGUUGCAAAACCAACUGACUGAAACAAAGAAACAACAUCAGGAAAUUGUCUCAGUUUACAGGAUGCAUCUUCUCUAUGCUGUGCAGGGUCAAAUGGAUGAAGAUGUCCAGAAAGUGCUUAAACAAAUUUUAUCGAUGUGUAAAAGCCAAUCAUAGAAAAAGUAAAGAAAAAAGCCAAGGAAAACUCCCCAUUUUUAUUAAUCCUGUUAUGGGUGUUUAUCUAGAUUUGCCUUAACAUAAGAUUUAAAAUCGGCAAUUUGCUGCUUUUGUGUUAUUGUGCUGUUUGUGAGGAGGAUUUGUUUGUCUGUCUCUACCACUUCCCACGUGCAUUUGUGUGUGCAGUAACUAAACACAUGCUUGCUUUUCAUAUCCAAAAUGCAAGUAUGUUCUUCAGACUUUUUACUUAGGCCACUCCAUGUUAUGUUUACCCUGAAAGUACUUUCUGGUUUCCUCAAAUAGAGGGAGGUUAAUCUGGAGGAAACCACUCAUGUUGCCUGGGUAAAGGUGAAAUUCUCCAUAAGGUCUUCUGUACUGUUUAUAAGCUGUAUCUUGUUACUGGGGAGUAAUUUAGUUGCUUGAUGUUGUAGCACUCAGAUUCCUGACAUUUUGCUAUAUGCGGUCUUUGGCAGAGCAGAAGUGAGCCUUGCAGCAGUGAGCAGAAGUAGAUAUUUAUGGUGAGCCAGAACAUCAAACAGCUACACUUCUUAAUGUAAUAUUUAAGACUAACACACCGUAAGGUAGCUGUCCCAACCCAUCCAAUGCACUGAGUACACAAAAAUCAUACCAUGCUUCAUAGUUUCCUUGAACUGCCUGAUAGUGGGAUGAAACUAUUUCAAAAGGUAAAAUCAUUAGUUUAUUGAAGUUCUGUACAAAGCAGUACAGAAAGAUCUGUAUAAACAACCCUUUAUGAUAGGUUUAGCUAUCUAUGCAAGUGUUGGCCAUGAAGCUCAGGAACAAAACCAGAAGAACAUAUACUUUAGACAAGGGAUUCUAGUGAACACAGGAUGUUUACAGUGAAUGUCAAUGCCUCAUACUUCCUAACCUCACUUUUGUAAAGAACUUCUCUUCAGUAUAUUUUUAUCGGCCCUCUAAUGAUUUUUUUUGGUAACUAAACCAUUUUUUCUAUAUAAUGUUGCAUUAAGCUUAUUAACAAAUAUUUUAAUGUAAUCGUGCUUUAGAGAGUUUCUUUUUAUACCCCCCAAUAAUAGUGAAGCAUAGUGAAGUGUUUUCAGUAUGAAAAAGAUAUGUAUGGAAUAAUAGACCUGUCUGUCAGUGUGGUCCAGAGCAGCAAAGUGUACAAUGCAAUUCAGCCUGCUGUUUCAGCAAAUGUAGAAAUGAUAGGUAGAGAACAGCAAAAGGUAUCAAAAGUUUCUACGUGUUUUUCGUGGUUUCAGCCCAGCUGGUAACAAAGGACCACGCAGCCGCUCGCUCACUCCUCCC